AUGGCGGUCAAGAUCGGCAUCAACGGAUUUGGACGAAUCGGUCGCAUGGUCUUCCAGGCCAGCGGUGAUCAGGGAGCCAUCUGCGACCAGGGACUUUUGGGCUCCAAGCUCGAUGUCGUCGGCGUGGUCGAUAUGUCCACCGAUGCCGAGUACUUUGCCUACCAGAUGAAGUACGACUCCGUGCAUGGCAAGUUCAAGCACGAUGUGAAGAUCGGUGAGAAGGACGAGCUGAUCGUGAACGGCCACAAGAUCAAGUGCAUCCAGGCCAGCCGCGAGGGCCCCAAGGCCCUGCCUUGGAAGGACAUGGGCGUCAAGUACGUCAUCGAGUCCACCGGCCUCUUUGUGGAGUACGAGAAGGCCGCAGGCCACAUUGAGGCAGGCGCCGAGAAGGUCAUCAUCUCCGCCCCCGGCAAAGGCAACCUGAAGACGCUGGUCAUGGGCGUGAACCACACCGAGUACGACAAGGCCAACCACCACGUGGUGAGCAACGCCUCCUGCACUACGAACUGCCUCGCCCCGAUCUGCCACGUGCUCCUCAAGGAGGGCGUCGGAAUCGAGAAGGGACUGAUGACCACCAUCCACGCCUACACCGCCACUCAGAAGACCGUCGAUGGCGUGUCUGCCAAGGAUUGGCGAGGAGGUCGUGCGGCCGCAUGCAACAUCAUUCCUUCCGCGACCGGGGCCGCCAAGGCUGUGGGUGAGGUGCUGCCCGUCACCAAGGGCAAGCUCACAGGUAUGGCUUUCCGAGUGCCCACCCCAGACGUCUCCGUGGUGGACCUCACCUUCACCGCUGAGAAGGACACGUCGAUCGAGGAGAUCGACAAGCUCCUGAAGGCAGCCACCGAGAGCUACAUGAAGGGCGUGCUGUCCUACACGGAUGAGGAGUUGGUGUCCAUGGACUUCGUUCACAACAAGAACUCGUCCAUCUACGACUCCAAGGCCACCCUGCAGAACAACCUCCCGGGCGAGAAGCGAUUCUUCAAGGUCGUGUCCUGGUACGACAACGAGUGGGGCUACUCCAACAGGGUUGUGGAUUUGUUGACGCACAUGAUCAACGCGUAG